CACCGUGGUAAACAGUUGGCAAAGCGCUAUCUAUCGGAACGUCGAAAUACAGUCACACCUGUUAUACCUGCACAGGUGAGUGGGGGUUCACCUGGUCACGUGACUAGAUUCUUUACGUAAAAAACAAGUCAAACCGCGCCUACCGUCCCUCUUGUUCGUUAAAAAACGCAUCUCAAAAAUUAAAAGCUUUGUCCGCGGCAGUUGACGUGAGAAAAUAAAAAUUUUAGUUGCAACAGCGCGAGUUUAAGUGUCUUUAUCAUAUUCGAUUAAUCGAUUGAAUCGUACGUGCGAGUAGUGCGACUAUUUCGACAUAAAUAAGUUAAAAGAAAGUGAGCAGAGUUAAAGUUCGUCGUGAGUAAACAGUGUCUUAACGGUUAUUAUUUUUUUUCCGAAGUCGAGUGCCGUUUGGGAAGAGUGAUGCUUGUGAGUGGCCUGCGGAACAAUGUUUAAUUUUUUGAGGACGUUAUGUCUUUUUUUAAUCAUCAAUGAGGGUCUGCUGCAAGAAACAGGACUCUAUUUUGAGAGUACGGAGAGUACGAGGGGGACUAGGACUGAGCAUCCUGGUGGUACUAUUGUUAAUGAUAAGCUAGUGUUUUCAAAAUUGAAAAGUCCGUACUGGUUAAGAAGUGACAUCAUUGUUGAAAGGAACGCAGAAUUAGUUAUUGAACCAGGAGUUACGAUUUAUGUUGAACCACAGGUUGGAAUUACCGUUCGAGGAGUUUUGACUGCCGUGGGCACCGAAAAUGAACGAAUCCUUCUAACGACCGCAAGAGAUACCUCUGCGAAGAAUAUUAAUUUCCCCGACAUCCGGCUCUCUGACGGUCCAACGAUUUUGGCAGGCCGAGUACAACUACGUCACAAUGGUCGUUGGCGCAGCGUGUGCACCAAUUCCAAGAAUUGGACGCGUGCCGAUAUGGAAACGGCAUGCAGACAACUCGGCUUUCAGGGAGGAGCUUUUUUCAAUUGGAUUGAUAGAGAAAUGCCGCUGAAACCACGACUUCUAUACGAAGAACCAAAAUGUAUGGGAACCGAAAACUCUUUACUCGAAUGUCAGUGGAAUACAAGACAAAUGGGAUCGGGGGUGUGCGAUUACCAUCCAGAUCUCGCUAUACAGUGUGCGCCGAGACAUGAUCAAACGUUACCCUUCUGGAGAGGAAUUAAGUUCGAAGAUGCGAAGUAUAGUAAAGUUUUGACUUUAUCGAACACUUUGUAUGUGCCUACGUCCAAGUCUAAGUUACAUUUCAUUCAAAUUCUUUACGCGGGGGCUGGGAGAAAUCAAAACACUACCAGUGCUGUGGAAGUGGAAGGCGUGCCACCAGGGAUGAAUCAGCUUGAAAUUAUAAGUUCGGCAUAUAAUGGUAUUAAUGUUACUAGGCCUGAGGGUCCGAUAACUUUAAACAACUGCACCCUACGUAACAAUCGAGGUUAUGGUAUUUUCGUCAAUUCUAGUUACGGUUUAACUCACAUCGACGGAUGCAUUAUCAAUGAAAAUGGUGGUGAUGGUAUCAGAUAUGUCCGAGCUGAUGAAAGAUUAGAAGAAAAAAGCGAUAGGUCGGGUUAUAACGAUUUCUGUAAUCUCGCCAUGGUCUCUAGCCAAACUUUUCCCUUGCAGUUGUACGCCGAACAAACGAUUUUUGUCAAUCAAAUGAAAUCUUGUGAUAAAGUUUUCACCACUCGUUUAGGCAAUGUUAUAACUUUAACCAUACUCCGUGCCGUUACAAAUCUAAACGACAGCGCAACUGUAGAAAUAUACGACGGUUCUGCUCUAAAUCAUAGACUCUUAACAACGUUCUCCAUUCGAAAUAACACAAGACCUCAGUCUCUGACUAGCAUCGGUCAUCAGAUUUUUGUCAAAUUCAAAGCAGACGCCCGAACAGAUACUGCUAUCUUCAUGCGUUUGCUCUCUGGUUUGAACAAAGGCUACGAUUUAAACGUGAGCUAUUCAGAUAUUUCUGAAAAUUCAGGACGAGGAAUUGCUGUUGAUAAUUUACGAUCGCAAGUUCAUGUUUAUAAAAGUUCUAUAUCUAAGAACCAACACGUAGCGGGGCUUCAUGUUACUAGUGGCGUUGGAGACAUCAAUGUUACUGAGAGCCGAAUUUCGUUCAAUGAAGGUGACGGUAUCAACAUCACUUACACCGGAGGGAGCAGAAAUAUUUCUAAGUCUGGCAUUAGUUCAAAUUCCGGUUAUGGCGUAGCAAUUUGGUUGAACAACACAAAAGAAACUGAAUUUUUGAUAGUCAACCAAACAACCGUUGUGCAGUACUCAGAGAUCUACAAAAAUCUAGACACCGGAAUUCUUCACGGAAACUUCUGCGGGGAAUCCUUCUUCAAUUUCACAGGGAACAGCUUCAAGAACAGUUUGAAUGAUGCUUUGGAAAUAUUGACGUGUUGGAGAAUGAGCAAAGCAUCCACGAAACUCCAGAUUGGACAUAACGAAUUUAUUAGUAACAAUAGAAUAGGUUUGCGAAUUACGCCAGCCUUGAAUCUGGAUGCCAAAAUUGAAUACAACCAUUUCCGUCAAGGAUCUUUUGGUUCAGUUUUAAUUAAAAACAAACCCUUAGAGGAAUUUAAUAUUUUACAAACAAAAAUAGAAAUCGUCCAGAACUACUUCAUCAACAAUUCUGGUACCUUUGUUGCAAACUUGGCUCUUUCGCCAUACGCUCAAGAUCAGUUCCUUCUUUUCACGCGCAAUUUCGUGAAAAAUAACCGAAUUGCCGAACCCUUCCAACCAGAAGAUGGUUCUAUUUCUAUUUUGAAUCCUAGAGGUCGAGUAGCAGCUCCCAUUGUUGUUGGUUCCGAUAAUGUUGACGUGUUUAGGAACAUCAUUGAAAAUCCUUUUUCUAAAUAUGAAAUUGGGAGUCACCUCGAAGACCAAAGUAAAUCUAUCAACUGUACGUACAACUGGCUAGGUUACAGCUUAGACGAAAGUGUACUACCUCGACUGUUUCACCGUUUUGACAGAUAUAAUUUAGCCAAAAUCAACUUUAGCCCUUUUCUUCUACACAAUUCAAACCCUUCAACUACUAAAAUAAAUAAUAAUCAGUUUUACGUGCCUAAAUUCAUUAACGCAGACUCUGAUAAAGUUGGUGGAGAAGUGGAAGGAGAAGAAACUCUAUCACGAGGAGUAUACAUAGUGGAAAAGGAUAUCAACAUUCGCCCUGGUGGUAAACUAACAAUAGAAUCCGGAGUCACUUUAAGAUUCCCUCCGUCAAUAGGAAUGAUGGUUGGCGGGAAACUGGAAGCUCGCGGUAUAGAACCAAACAGCAUCAAAUUUACAUUGAAAGAAGAAAUCGUGCAUCCACCAGAUAACGAAACACUCGAAAUGGAAACGGAGAAAUACGACUCAGAAACCGAAAUUAUUCAAAUAGAACCGAAAGUUCCUAUUAGGUUGCUGGGUGGAGCAACUGAAAAUGAAGGGCGUUUACAAGUGAAAAUUGACCAACAGUGGGGUACUGUGUGCAAUUAUGGGUGGACCAUUAAAAAUGCAGCUUUAGUGUGUCAACAAUUAGGGUAUGUGUUAAACCCUGAAGACUGGUACUUAGAACGUAACGAAAUUCCUUCUGCUGGUACUACAGAAGACGUAAUUUUGUCUAAUGUGCAAUGUGAAGACUUUGACUUAGAUAUAACUAAAUGUAAAGCUGAAACUAAAGGCAACUUUGAGAAUUCGUGUACACACGAAAACGACGUGGGUAUAAGAUGUUAUAAGUCGUCAUGGGCGGGUGUUAGAUUUGGAGCUUUGGCUGAAAGAAGUAACAUUCAAUAUGUUACCAUCGAAAUGGCGGGCUUGUUGGAUUAUGCAACUAGUACUUUUAAACCGGCUCUACAGAUUGAUUUCGCCAGACACAAUUUUGAGAACAUACGUAUUUCUAAUAACUACCAUCACGGGCUGGGCGUUCUGUAUGCAGAUAUCUUCACGGACGAUGCAGUCAACAGAAUAAAAAAUUCGGAAUUUUCGAGUAACAGGGGUGCCGGGAUUAAUUUGGUACAACUGGGUUUCAAUAUUUUUGGCAGCUCCAUCGAGAACAAUUUUAUAGGUGUCAAACACGAUCCUAUUCUCACUGGUUUGCAACAGAGGGAGUUUGCGGGAUGGUUCUUGAAAACUGAAGAUAACACCCACUAUAAACCCAUCAUGAUUCCGUAUACUUCCGAUCAAAACAGCAUACGAGUAGAACGGGGGGAAACCAAGUAUUUAGUAACAUCUAGAGUACUAGGAGACAGCAUUUCUAAAAUAUAUAGAUUCACGAGUGACCCUGGAUGGGUGAUCGGAAUUCAACUACUGAACCCUAUAGAGAAUCGCAGUACCGAAAAUAUAGAAAUCCAAGACGCUAUUUCGUACAACAAAAAAUCCACAACAUGGGUUUUAAAAAGGGACCUUACAGUCUUUCCCACAACUUCUAGUAGUCACGGUAUAAUUUUGGAAUACACGAGCGGGAAUUACGCCUACGGUGGUACUGUUCUAGUCAUAAGCACAAUCAAAGCUCCCGUUCAAAACGUUUACAAGAGAAUUGUAAAAGGCCCCGUUCCUACCGUCACUCUUCUUAAUUCGAAAAUUAGAAACAAUCAGUUUGGUCUACACGCUUCAUAUUAUAACCGAUAUUUAGACGAAUUAGGUAAUCAUUUUUUGAGGAAAGCAAAUGAAAGUUUCCAGUUUAUUAACUGUGAAAUUUCCCAUAAUCAAAACGAAGCCAUCUUUGUUCAUUCGCCUCACUGGGAUUUACAUCGAAGCAACAUUUCGGAAAUCGUGAUAAUGAUAAAUAAUUCACUAAUUACGGACAAUGGGAAAGGCUUUUAUCAUUUCUCUAGAGAUAUGAGGUCAUCGAAUAACAUCUUCCACUACGUGCUGCAAGAUGACACCGUGGAAAGGAACAAAGCCGGGGGAUUCGAUAUCCAUUUACCAUACGUGUGGCAGUACAAUGAAAACUUUACCCAUUCCGUUUACAUGGACAACAACACAUGGAUGCACAAUCAAAAAUUCGGUUUUAAUGUAGAUGGACAUUUCGCUGUUGUUAACAUCACAAGAAAUAUUUUCAACGACAAUAAUUGUGCAAGCGGAUUAAUAUCAAUCGGUGGAAUGGAAAAGAAACUGUUGAUAAGCCAUAACAAGUUUACCAACAAUAAUGGAAAAUACAUAAUUGAGUUCGUAUCGAAUAGUCAAUCUGAAAUAAUUGGUGAAGUACCAGCAAGAUUUAUUUUUAACGAGUUAAGAAACAACAAGUAUGGAGUAACGGGGCGAAGUUUUGGUAUACUGCAACUGAAGAAAAACCCAACAAGUGUAGUGGCUUUUCGAGGAAUUCAGAAAGUCAACGUUUAUAGAAACCUCUUUUCUGGAAACCAGCUAGAUUAUCAGUUGAUCGCUGGAAUUCAAACCGCAAAAAUCAAUAACUACUUAAACGUACGUGAAAACUGGUGGGGCAGCGGCAACGAAAACGAAAUAAAGCAAAAGAUCUUCGACUUUGACGAUUGGAACAAUCACGCAGUCGCAGAAUUCAAACCGUAUCUUCUAAACGAUGACUUCGAAUCGAGCUACUCGCCUUCAUUUACGACAAACUCUUCUAUCGAUUUGGACAGCCUUGGAGGUCGAUUAACGGCCGAUCUAACUCUACAUAACAGGGAGUUCCCGUACCUUAUUCGUUCAGAUAUCACAGUCAUGCCUAAAGUCACUUUAACAAUAGAACCCGGCGUAGUAAUGGAGUUUGGACCAAAUGUUGGAAUUCUUGUUUUGGGUAGCUUAAAAGCUCGGGGUUAUGAAGGCAGUGAAAUUGUCAUGAGACCUAUUUCUGUGGCCGGGUAUCUAGAAUCAGAAAAUGACAAUCCUAUAGUACGGGAAAAAAGACAACUGGAAUCUCUCGUCGGAGGGGAAAGUAUACGAUUAUGUAAAGGAAGAAAUUGUUACGAUGGCGAAGAAAGUACACCUCGUGAAGGUUUCCUCGAAUAUUUCAACAAAACAACUUUGCAGUGGAUUCCGAUGUGUGAUCCUCGAUUCACUGAGAGAAAUGCCCAGGUUGUCUGUAGAGAGUUAGGUUUCGAUCCAUUGAAUGCGUUUUUCGACCAUGACAUUAGAAUUGAGUUCCACAGUAAUUCUUUGUCACGAAUAUGGUCAUGGCCUGAACCUCUACAGUGCAAAGGAACGGAGAAAAAGUACGAAGAUUGUCCUAUUAGAUUAAAUGGUCAACAGUUUGGGCACCGACAUCGAUGCAAAUGGAAUUCGAAAUUUGUGUUUAUCCAUUGUGGCCAGAGGAAUUUGGAACAGAAUUAUGAAUACUGGGGCGGUAUUCGAUUUGCCAAUCCGGAAUUCGAGCAGCAGUUAUACGCUUAUAGAAUCCAUGAUGUUCAGACGCAUUCAACAAUGCAAACUGAAGAGUCCGUAAUGGAGUACGUCAACAUAAUAGGGGCAGGAAUCUUACAUAACGAGAAAUCUCCAGGCAUCCAGAGCAUUAUUAAGAGUCCUAAGAUAAACUACGUCCAUGUCAUGCAGAGUGCGUCGCACGGUAUCAAUUUAAUUUCUCCUUCAAAUACAAUAAACUUGUUGUAUAACACCGUCGAGGACUCGCUCGGAGUUGGCAUAAAUAUGUUAUCGCUGACCGGCGAAGGCAGGGAAUCGCACGAAUCGAGUUUUACUCCAUUGAAAAGCCUGAAUAUUCCUUACAACCUGUUUAGUUUGGUCGAUAUUUGCGACACUCAUAAGGAAAUCAGAAUCGAAGAAAGAAUUCUGCUUUACUACAAAUACGACAAUCAUCCAGUCAAUUGCAUCAAAAUUUUCAAAAGCGCCUACAACAUCAAACCUUUAGGAUUCCGACUGCUGCAAUUCAAUUUGUUCAAUUCGACGCAAGAGUACGGAAUCCCCGAUUUUAUCUCCCUUUAUGAUGGAGACAUUUACAACGUUUCAUCAAAAUUAAUCGAACAUAUAACCAUGAAUUCACAUAAUGAAAAGAAAUUGUUCAGAACCAAAUUGCCAAGUUUAAGUGUCAAACUUUUUGCAAACGGGGCUUCCUCCAAUCAUGGAUUUAUUGCCGAAGUCGUCACGCUACCAAUAUCGGCGAUUGGCUUCAACCGAGAUGUGCAGCACAACAUAUCUUAUUCAGUAGUAAAUAAAAAUAAAGAUGGGGCCAUGCUUUACGUGUCGGCAGGUGAAGUCAACCCCAUCGUAACCAUCGACAAGAAUCAAUUCAAGCGCAACUGCCAGAAGCUCUACGGUAAUUUCACGACCUGUAAUGCAGCGGUGGAAAUCGAUAUACAGAACACACAAACUAUUUUCUUUAGAAACAACUUAGUUGACGGCAACCAAGGAGGUUUAUCAAUCAAGGCGGAUUCACGAGGAUCUGCUACUUCUCUCAAGGGUUAUAUUCACAAUAACUUAUUCGUUAAUAACAGCAACCUGCCUGUUCUGUACGUGGAAGGUCGACAGAGUUCACCCUAUCAGGAAGUUGUUAUUUACCGUAAUUAUUUCACAAGAAAUGUAGCAAGAUAUUACAAUAACAUAGUUCUGAAGCAAGUAGUUUCUAAUUUUACGUUGAACUACGUGAAAAGGAAUAUUGGCAUGCAAAAUUUGGAAGUGUCGGGAUUUGACAAAGUGAGGCUUCCGAUUUACCAAACUACUUCCCAUAAUGGAUUUUAUCACAAUUAUGCCGUACAUCUCCACAGCCGAUCGACUGUCGUUGCGGGAACGGCCGGCCAGCAGUAUGUGGAUAACAUUUUCUUUAACCCAGAUAACGAUUAUGAAAUGAUAACAGUGAACAGAUCCCUAUUUGAGUUCAACAGUACUCUGCAGCUAUGGAACACAAAAAUCGACGCCGUUUAUAACUACUGGGGAUUAAAUAACACGUUAGGUGUUAGAGGGCGCAUUAAAGAUCAAAGUGACGACCAAAAACUGCUCGAAGUAAACUACACGCCGUUCCUUCUUAACAACCAAUCCAUUCUACAAAAGGGAAAAUGUCCUCCUGGAUGGGAUUUAGUUGGGGGGACUUGUUACACUUACAUAGGGGCCCCCAUGACAUUCCACGAAGCGAAAUCAUUUUGCCAGGCCGAUAACGCGUCAAUACCCUACUUGUUGGGGAAUUUGAAUUAUGUCGAGCUGUACGAAUUUUUGAGGUCGCAACAACAAUGGUACUUAUAUUCCGAUAGGGUCUGGGUGCAACAUAUUGACAGAAUAAACGAAUGCACUAUCUUUGCAUAUCAGAAAGUUGAAACGGAUGACUGCGAACAAAGAAAUCCAUUCAUAUGCGAAAUAGAUCCUAAGGUAUCCAUUAGCAUCUUACCGUUGACUGACGACCUAGUGACAAUCGUUGCGUUUAGUAGUGUGGCAUUGGCACUACUUCUGAUUGGGAUUGUGGGGAUAUGCUGGUGGAGCAAAUCUAAAUAUCGCCAUGCACAAAGACUGGAAAGAAGAAAUAGCAUUCGCCAGAGCUUACAUUCCUUAAGAUCUGUUGGUUUGGCUCCUGGAACCUUUGCUGAUGCUAACUACCGAAGAAAGGCAGCUCAACUUAGCACCAGAUCCACCGAUACUUUAACUAAAAAGAUGAUCACAACAAAUGGUUCCAUCGACAGCAUGGAAAAGUCGACGUACACUUCAUCGAUCGACGAUAAUCAAUCGUAUGACGUUUACGAAGCCCAUAAUCCUAACCCUUCCGCUUUUGCUUAUAGCCCAACGAUAGAAUACCACAAAUCGCCGAAUCGUUUUGAAAACCAAUACGCAAAACCUAAUGGGUACGACCUAGGUUUCAAAAACGAAGGUUUUCGAGAUAAUUCAACUUUCGCCACCAACUCGAAUUACCAGUCACGAGCGGAAAGUAUUCAAGAUAACGCAAACGAAGAAACUCCCAUUAUACAAGACAACGGUGGCAAUAGUGUGUCAUACCCACCCAGUGAAUAUUAUACCACAGACACUUUACCACUGAGUACCACCUCAGGUAAAUCGGAUUCGACUUUGGAUUUGAAGAAAGGGAUAGACGAUAUCAAUAAGAAUAGAAAUUAUGAUCCUAUAUAUAGUAGAGAGAGACCCAAUGCAAAUUUGUUGAAUGAACUGAAAAAUAAAUUCCCGCACCGUCCACCUCCCCCACCAGAUCCGGUAUCAACAGACGUCCAGUCUCCUACGUAUUCAGAAAAACUUGAGGGUUUGCAGUACUCACCAACUCCUGAUUAUAACACAGUAGGUUUAGCUGCACCAGAUGUUGAAAGACCAUCUUCAGCAGAUGUACUAGAAACUGAUUUUGAUGUGCCUCAUCCCAGACCUAAGAUGAGGGCAAAAAGUGAAGUGUUUUUAGAGACAAAUUUCGAUUACACACCACCUGGUGGUAGUCCCCAAUUUAACCAUCCCAUUACUGAAUACAGUAGAAGUAAAAGUCAGCCAUUAGAAACUGCGAUGUAAAGCAGAACUAAAUUGUUAGUGUCUUGUGAUAUGUGUCGUACUGACUGACUUUUUUUAAAUUAUGCUCUAAUCAUUCACCAUGAUGAUUAUAUUGUGAUACUAGAAACAAAUAAUUUUUUUGUAAUUGUUAAGGAUCACAGAUGAUGUGUUCGUAUAUUUUAUAUGUAAUAUCCUAAGAACUAGUAAUUUAUUGUUUUUUAUAUGUUAAAAUUUAAGCGUUUUAUAAAAAUGACUGCAUUAGGAAUAUUUAUGACAUAAGAAAUAAGCUGUUGGCAAUUCAACUGACCACCGUGAAAAACGAGGGUUAUAUGACUAUUAUAUAAGUGCAAUUAAAGAUAUCUAUUAGAUUUUUUAUAACAAAAAAUGCUUUUUUAAUCAACGUUAGUUACAAAUUAAGAUGAGAGAUGUAUAGAAAAUAAGAUCUCGUUGUAAAUAUAAAUCUUUUACUACAAGAUAAA